AUGGCUCUGGACAGCAGACGGAAGGAGCUGCUGUUAAAAACGCUGAUGGAGCUGGGGGAGGACGAAUUCGAGUGCUUCAAGUUCUACACGGACCUGCCUAAAAGCGUGCGUGAAAACACCCGCCGUGUGUACAUUGCUGACCAGCUGGUGAUGAAGCACUGCGAGAACACUCUGCAUGAAACCGUCAAGAUUCUGGAGAAGAUUGGGAACAACGAUUUGGCCCAGAACCUGCGCAGCGACAUGCUGAAAAUAGAAGGUGCAGCCUUCUCCCUCCAUGAUGAUAAUGGUCAGAUUGCCAGAUUGAAGGCAGAACUGCAGGGCAACUUACGGAGUUUAUAUAGCUUUGCUUCCGAGGGCAACACAGAGCGCUGGCAGCAGCAGUCUCUGGCGGAUGUCUACACGGAGCUGGACGUCACCUACGGGGCUGACGUCAGCCCCGACAAGCGGCACGAGGUCCUUCAGAUGGAGACAUGCGCCACAGCCAAGGAGUCUAUCCUGCCAUGCGACAUCUUCAAAAGCCCUGACGGGAAGCAGCGACCGAUACGCACGCUGCUCACCGUCGGCUUUGCGGGAAUCGGAAAAACCUUCUUGGUUCAAAAGUUUGUGUCGGACUGGGCCAGCGGGAAUACCAAUCAGGACGUGGACUUUAUCUUUCCCUUCACCUUCCGCGAGAUGAACAUGGACAAAGGGAAAAGAUUUACGCUGGCCGAGUUCAUCCGUCGCUACGUUUGCGGGAGCAGGCAUAUGAGUGAGGAGACGCUGAAGAAUAUAUUUGACGGCCUGCAGACGUCUGGGAAGCGAGAUUACGACAGCAGCGGGAUCAAAGUCUUGUUUGUCCUAGACGGACUGGACGAGUGCAACUUCAAAAUCGACUUGAAGAAUGAGAUGAAAGUAGAUGUGGACGUGAAGGAGGCCUACCCGCUGGAGGUGCUCCUGGCGCAUCUCAUCAAAGGGAACUUGCUUCCCUGUGCCAGGGUAUGGAUCACCACGCGGCCCGCGACUGCCUACGAUAUCCCGUCUGACCUUAUCGACAGCAAAACAGAGGUGAAAGGUUUCAGCGAUUCCCAAAGGCUAGAGUACUUUAGGAAAAGGUUCCCAAAUGAGGAGCGCAUCAUUGAAUACAUCCGAAAAUCUCGUACCAUCUUCAUCAUGUGCCACAUUCCUAUCUUCUGUUGGAUCACUGCCGCAGUUCUUCAGCAUUAUUUGGAGAAUAGGAAGGAGGGAGAGCUUCCCACAACGCUGACCGAUAUGUACUCACAGUUUGUGUUUCACCACCUGGAAAAGUUCAAGGAGAGACAGCCAACGAAGUACAUCCGUUAUGUGAAAGCGCUAGCAAAACUGGCCUUUCACCACACCAUGAAUAAGCAGCAGAUCUUCUACGAGAAGGACCUGGUGAACAGCGACCUUGAUUACAGCCAAGCCUCUAAACACUGCGGUUUGUUCACCGAGGUGUUUAAGGAGGUCCAUCCGCUCAGAAGACACCAACAGGACAAGAUGUUUCAGUUCAUCCAUCUGACCAUCCAGGAGUAUUUGGCCGCACUGUACGUGAUGAUGAGCUUCUUCAAAUACAACGAGAAUGUACUGGAUGAUUCAGGAGGGUUACUGAAAAAAAUGUUGAAGCGUUUUAGGCAGACGACAAUCACUGAGGUUCACCAUUCGGCUCUGAAGAAAGCCUCAGAGAGUGAAGGAAACCUGGACCUGUUCCUCCGCUUCCUCUUUGGCCUUUCCUUGCCGUGCAACCAGGAACGAGCAAGAGAACUGCUGGAGGCUCCUCAGGACUUCGGGCAAAGCAAGUCAAAGACAGUCGAGUUGAUUCAGGAGAGGAUAAAACAGAACCCUCCAGAGAAGAACAUCAACUUGUUCUACUGCUUAACUGAGCUGAAGGACAACUCCUGGUUGAUGCAGAUCCGACAGGAAAUGAAUCCAAAACGUCCGGCCUGGCAGCAAAUGUCAAAUGACAUGUGGUCAGCCCUGGCCUUCUUCUUAUUGACCGACGAUGAAGCCAUUGAAGACUUUGAUCUUCAGGAAUACUACCCAAUGCCGUUGGGGCUUGAGAAGUUGUUGGUGGUGGUCAAGGCUUCUCAAAAAUCAAAGCUAAACAAUUGUAACCUGGACAAACGCAGUUGCCACCUACUGGCCUCCGUUCUCAGCUCUCCAUCCAACCUGAGGCAUUUAGACGUGAACGACAACAACCUUUUGGACAUGGGGGUCGAGAUCCUCUCGAAAGGACUGGCUAGCCAAAACUGCGUCUUAAAAGUCCUCAAGCUGGAACGCUGUGGGAUAACGAAGCAAGGAUGCUUGUCAUUGGCCGAGGCUCUAAAGUUAAAACCCUCCAGUCUUCGAGAGCUGCACCUGAGCUGCAAUGAUCUGUCAGACCUGGGGGUUGAACAUCUCUCGAAAGGACUGGCCAGCCCACACUGCAACUUAAAAGUCCUUGGGCUGAGGAACUGCAAGAUCACUGAGCGAGGAUGCAUUUCAUUGGCCGAGGCAAUCAAAUUAAACCCCACUCUUCUUCAAGAGCUACAUCUGAGCUGGAACAAUCUGUUAGAUGUGGGGGUUGAAAUCCUCUCGAAAGGACUGGCAAGCCCAUGCUGCAUCUUACAAAUCCUCGAGCUGAGGAACUGCAAGAUCACAGAGCGAGGAUGCAUUUCAUUGGCCAAAGCUCUCAAGUUAAACCCCUCCCAUCUUCAAAAGCUGCACCUGAGCGACAACAACCUGUCGGAUGAGGGGGUCAUGAUCCUGUCAGAAGGAUUGGCUAGCUCACAUUGCAAAUUAAAAUACCUUUGGCUGUCAUAUUGCCGCAUCACAAAGAAAGGCUGCAUUUCAUUGGCUGAGGUGCUCAAGUUAAACCCCUCUCAUCUUCAAGAGCUGGACCUGAGCUACAACGAUCUGUUGGACGAGGGGUUCGAGAUCUUUUGUAAAGGAUUGGCCAACCCACACUGCAUUUUAAAAGUCCUCAGGCUGUCAUGUUGCUCUAUCACUGAAAAAGGAUGCAUUUCGUUGGCUGAGGUUCUCAAGAUAAAUCCCUCCCAUCUUCGAAAGCUGGACCUGAGCGCCAACAAUCUAUCGGACAAGGGGGUUGAGAUCCUCUUAAAUGGACUGGCCAGUCCACACUGCACCUUAAAAGUCCUUAGGCUUGAAAACUGCAGGAUCACUCAGGAAGGCUGCAUUUCAUUGGCCGAGGUGCUCAAGUCAGAGCCCUCCCAUCUUCAAGAGCUGAACCUGGUGGGCAAUCAAGUGGGAGAAGCAAAGAGGGUCUUAUUGGACGUCCAAGAGGACCCCAACUGCAACCUGAAGAUUGUCAGAAGGAUUUUGUUAGGUCAAGGUACUGUCCGACGACUGCAAGACGGUGUCGGCGCUACGGGCAAAGCGGCCUCACUCACCGAAUUCGAGGCGGUUUGCCCACCGGCGUCCCGUUCUUUUCAGCAACUCUACUGGGAGGUGGACUUAAACGGGAAGAGUUUAGGACGGCUUACUGAAAAGAUAAAGUUGCCCGCGCUUCACGGUAGCAGUGACCAUGGCACGAGGCAGACAUGUAGUUACUUGCACGCAAGUAAGUGUUCUCUUAAACUGAAAGGAAAGGCACUAGUUCCAAAGUUUGUCCAAAGGUUGCUCCUUGGUUCAGUCGUGUUUGGUUACGAUCAUGCUGGAAAUGACAACAAUUCCACCGCACUCAUGCCCCGCAGGCCCGCUAGUGUGACAAGCCUCUCACAAGCACUGGAAAAGACCGGGCGGCCACUAUUAUCGGACGCCUCUCCCAGGCAUCUACAAGGAAGGAUGGCUCUGGACAGCAAGCGGAGGGAACUGCUGUGGAAUACGCUGAGGAAUCUGGGGAAGAACGACUUUGAGUCCUUCAGGUUCCACACAGACCUGCCUGAAAGCAUACGUGAAAACACCAGCCGGGAGUACAUUGCUGAUGAGCUGGUGAAGAAGCACGGUGAGAACACUCUGGAGGAGACCAUCAAGAUUCUGAAGACCAUCGGCAACAACAAUGUGGCUGAGCUGCUGCGCACUAACAUGUUGAAACUACAAGGUCCAGUCUUCUCCGACCAUGAUGACGAUCAGAUUGGCAGAUUGAAGGGACACCUGCAGGACAACCUAAAGAGAUUAUACAGCUUUGCUCCCGAGUGCAACACUGAGCGCUGGGAGCAGCAGCCUCUGGCGGACGUCUACACCGAUCUGGACGUCACCUACGGGGGUGACGUCAGCCCCGACGAGCGGCACGAGGUCCUUCAAAUGGAGACGCGGGCCGCGGCGGCCAAGGAUUCGAUAUUGCCGUGCGACAUCUUCAAAAGCCGAGACGGGAAGUCGCGCCCGAUACGCACACUGCUCACUGUCGGCUUCGCGGGAAUCGGGAAAACCUUCCUGGUGCAAAAGUUUGUGUUGGACUGGGCCAGUGGAAAUACCAACCUGGACGUGGACUUCAUAUUUCCCUUCACCUUCCGCGAGUUGAACAUGGACAAAGAGGAAAGCUUUAAUUUGGCCGAGCUUAUCCGACGCUACGUCUACGAGAGUAGGGACAUGAGCGAGGACACGCUGAACAAUAUAUUUGCCAGCCUGCAGACGUCCGGGAAGCGGGACUAUGAAAGCAGCAACAUCAAGAUCUUGUUUGUCCUAGACGGACUGGACGAGUGCAAUUUCAAAAUGAACUUGAAGAACAAGGCGAAAGUGGACCUCGACGUGACGAAGGCCUACCCACUGCCGGUGCUGCUGGCCUACCUCAUCAAGAAAAACCUUCUCCCCUGCGCACGGCUUUGGAUCACCACGCGGCCUGCGGCAGCACGCGAUAUCCCCUCCAACUUCAUUGACAGCAAAACAGAGGUGAGAGGAUUUAGCGAUUCCCAGAGGCUGGAGUACUUCAGGAAAAGGUUCCCAAGUGAGGAGCGCAUCACAAAGCACAUCCAGAAAUCCCGCACCAUCUUCAUCAUGUGCCACAUGCCCAUCUUCUGUUGGCUCACCGCCACAGUUCUUCAGGAUCAUUUGAAAAAAGGGAAGGAGGGAGAGCUUCCCGCAACGCUUACCAACAUGUACUCAGCGUUUGUGGCUCAGCACCUGGAAAAUUCCAAGGAGAGACAGACAACAGAGCACAUCGGUUACAUGAAAGCGCUAGCAAAGCUGGCAUUUCAUCACACCAUGAACAACUGUCAGAUAUUCUACGAGAAGGACAUGGUGGACAGUAGCUUUGAUUACAGCCAAGCCGCAAAACACUGUGGUUUAUUCACAGAGGUGUUUAAGGAGGUCCAUCCGCUGAAAAGUAACAAACAGAAGAUGUUUCAAUUCAUUCAUCUGACCAUCCAGGAGUAUCUGGCCGCAGUGUACGUGAUGAUGAGCCUGUUCCACGACAACAAGAAUGUACUGGCUGGUUCAAAAUGGUCACUGAAAGGUUUUUCAAUGCCUUCUAAGCAGAGGAUGAUCAUUCAGGUCCACAAGUCAGCUCUCCAGAAAGCUUCUGAGAGUGAAGGAAACCUGGACCUUUUCCUGCGCUUCCUCCUUGGCCUUUCUCUUCAGUGCAACCAGGAACUAGUGGGAGAACUCCUGACGGCUCCUCAGGACUGCGGGGAAAGCAAGUCAAAGACAGUCAAGUUGAUCAAGAAAAGGAUCAAACAAAACACCCCAGAGAAGAACAUCAACUUGUUCUACUGCCUAAACGAGCUGAAGGACGAUUCUUUACUGGAGCAAAUCCAGCAGGAAUUAGUUUCAAAAAAGCUGUCGUGGCAAAAGAUGCCAAAUGACAUGUGGUCAGCCCUGGCCUUCUUCUUACUGACUUCCGAUGAAGCCAUGAAUUGCUUUGAAAUGCACAAAUACUCCACAUCGCCGUUGGGCCUCAAGAAGCUGCUGUCGGUGGUCAAGGCAUCACAAAAAUCAGUGCUAAAUAGCUGUGGACUGGACAAACACAGCUGUCGCUUGCUGGCUUCCGUUCUCAGUUCCCCAUCCAACCUGAGUUAUCUGGACCUGGGUAAGAACAAUCUGAGGGACGAGGGGGUUGAGAUCCUCUCGAAAGGACUUGCAAGCCCACACUGCAUCUUAAAAGUCCUCAGCCUCUCAAAUUGCGGGAUGACCACGCAAGGAUGCUUUCCAUUGGCUGAGGCUCUCGAGUUAAACCACUCCAAUCUUCAAGAGCUGGACCUGAGCUACAACGAUCUGUCAGACGAGGGGAUGGAUAUCCUCUUCGUAGGACUGGUCAGCCAACACUGCAUCUUAGAAUCGCUCAAGCUGCUCGUGUGCAACAUCACGGAGGGUGGAUGCAUUUCAUUGGCCAAGGCUCUCAAGUUAAACCACUCCCAUCUUCAAGAGCUUGACCUGAGCUCCAACAGUCUGUCAGAUAAGGGGGUUGCGAUCCUCUCGAAAGGACUGGCCAGCCCACACUGCAUCUUAAAAAUCCUCAGGCUGUUCGCGUGCAACAUCACGAAGCAAGGAUGCAUUUCAUUGGUUGAUGCUCUCAAGUUAAACCCCUCCCAUCUUCAGCAGCUGGAACUGAGCCGGAACAACCUGUUAGACGAUGGGGUCAAGAUCCUCUUGGAAGGAUUGGCCAGCGCACACUGCAUCUUACAAGUCCUCAAGCUGGAACGCUGCGGAAUAACAGAGCAAGGAUGCGUGUCAUUGGCUGAAGCUCUCGAGUUAAACCACUCCCAUCUUCAGCAGCUGGACCUGAGCCAGAACAAAUUUUCAGAUGAGGGGGUUGAGAGCCUCUCGGACGGUCUGGCCAGCCCACACUGCAUCUUAAAAGUCCUCAGGCUGUCAUGCUGUGGGAUAACAAAGAAAGGAUGUUUAUCAUUGGCUGAUGCUCUCGAGUUAAACCCCUCCCAUCUUCAGCAGCUGGACCUGUCUCAGAACGAAUUGUCAGAUGAGGGGGUCAAGAUCCUAUCGAAAGGACUGGCCAGCCCACACUCCAUCUUAAAAGUCCUCAGGCUGGAAAAUUGCUUGAUCACCAAGAUAGGAUGCUUUUCAGUGGCCAAGUUAAACCCUCAACGGCUUGACCUGAGCUGGAACAACCUGUUAGACGAUGGGGUCAAGAUCCUCUUGGAAGGACUGGCCAGCCCACGUUGCAACUUACAAGUCCUCGAGCUGCGGAACUGCAAGAUCACAAAGCAAGGAUGCAUUUCAUUGGCUAAGGUGCUCAAGUUAAAUUCUUUUCAUCUUCAAGAGCUGAAGCUAGGGGGCAAUCAAAUUGGUCAAGAAGGAGAGAGGGUCUUAUUGGACCUCCAAAAGGAUACCAGCUUCUGCCUGAAGUCCGUCAGCUUUGAAUGGUAAAGUUACAAACAACGCUGGUUCCCUGGCUCAAGAUGAUUAAAAGACAGUCCAAAAGGAUUGGCCAUUGAGCACUGUUAAGAGCAGCCGAUGAGCCUUCUGUGGUGUUUGAAAACCCAAGAAUAGGUGAUGCUUAAAAAAGGGUGUCAUAC